CAGCCGCCUCGCUCCCGGUCCCCACGGCUGCAAACUGAUCCGGCGCGGGGGGAGGAGGAGAGCGCAGGCGGGCGAGCCAGCGAGCGAGGGAGCGAGCGAGCGAGCCGGGAGGCAGAGGGAGUAGUGACCGCCUUCCGGAGCCGGGAUUCAUGCCUGUCCUCGGGACUAGCCAAGGGGACUUGACGGCUGAGUAUGAGCCAGGCUGCUAGGAGCCAGGUACCCCCACGCCUGCAGUCCCCGCGCCGUCCCCGGUAUGCGAGCUGGACGCAGGGCUCUCCCAAGUUCCCACCGAGCCGAAUAAAAAGCGCCCGCCCGCAGCUCUCCGCCAGAGACGGACAUUGACUCCAGACUCCACAGAAUGGAGCAAGAAUGAGAGGAAAGAGGCCGGCAGAAAAGCAUGAACUGGAGGUUUGUUGAGCUCCUCUACUUCCUAUUUAUAUGGGGCCGUAUCUCAGUGCAGCCCUCCCACCAGGAACCAGCUGGGACAGACCAACAUGUCUCCAAGGAAUUUGAUUGGCUUAUUUCAGACAGGGGGCCUUUCCACCACUCCAGGAGCUACCUAUCCUUUGUGGAAAGACACCGUCAAGGAUUUACAACCAGAUAUAAGAUAUACAGGGAGUUUGCCCGUUGGAAGGUGAGGAACACAGCCAUCGAGAGGAGAGAUCUGGUCCGUCAUCCAGUGCCCCUCAUGCCGGAGUUUCAAAGGAGCAUCCGCCUGCUUGGCAGGAGACCCACCACUCAGCAGUUCAUCGAUACCAUCAUCAAAAAGUACGGCACCCACCUCCUCAUCUCUGCCACCUUGGGAGGUAGGUCAGAAGUGGCGGUUUGGCUUGACAGGAGCAGGUUAGAUAAAGGGAGUGGGAAUGAGGAAGUGAAGCCAGUGGAAGCUCUGCACCAGCUUGCAUCGUCCUAUUUUGUCGACCGUGAUGGCACCAUGCGGAGGCUCCAUGAGAUCCAGAUAUCAACAGGAGCAAUCAAGGUCACAGAGACACGCACUGGGCCUCUGGGCUGUAACAGCUAUGACAAUCUGGACUCUGUGAGUUCUGUCCUUCUGCAAAGCACGGAGAGCAAACUGCACCUUCAAGGUCUUCAGAUAAUAUUUCCCCAGUAUCUGCAAGAGAAGUUUGUCCAGUCGGCCUUGAGCUACAUCAUGUGUAAUGGCGAGGGGGAGUACGUGUGCCAGGACAGCCAGUGUCAAUGCCAGUGUGCUGAGGAGUUCCCGCAGUGCAACUGCCCCGUCACAGACAUCCAGAUCAUGGAGUACACGCUGGCCAACAUGGCCACGUCUUGGGCCGAAGCUUAUAAAGACCUGGAGAAUUCAGAUGAGUUUAAAUCGUUUAUGAAGCGUCUCCCAAGCAACCACUUCCUGACCAUUGGGAGCAUCCAUCAGCACUGGGGCAAUGACUGGGACCUGCAGAACCGCUACAAGCUCUUACAGAGUGCAACAGAGGCACAGAGGCAAAAGAUCCAACGCACUGCCCGCAAGCUCUUUGGCCUGAGUGUACGCUGCCGCCACAAUCCCAACCACCAGCUGCCUAGAGAGAGGACAAUUCAGCAGUGGCUUGCAAGGGUCCAGUCGCUUCUCUACUGCAAUGAGAAUGGGUUUUGGGGAACCUUCCUGGAGAGCCAGAGGAGCUGCGUGUGUCAUGGUAGCACCACGCUGUGCCAGCGCCCCAUCCCCUGCAUCAUAGGUGGAAACAACAGCUGUGCCAUGUGCAGCCUGGCCAACAUCUCACUCUGCGGCUCCUGCAACAAGGGCUACAAGCUGUACCGAGGCCGGUGUGAGCCACAGAACGUGGACUCGGAGCGGAGUGAGCAGUUCAUCAGCUUCGAGACCGACCUGGACUUCCAGGACCUGGAGCUGAAGUACCUGUUGCAGAAGAUGGACUCGCGCCUCUACGUCCACACCACCUUCAUCAGCAAUGAGAUCCGCCUUGACACCUUCUUCGACCCUCGGUGGCGCAAGCGCAUGUCCCUCACUCUCAAGAGCAACAAGAACCGCAUGGACUUCAUCCACAUGGUGAUCGGCAUGUCCAUGCGCAUCUGCCAGAUGCGCAACAGCAGCCUGGACCCCAUGUUCUUCGUCUACGUCAAUCCCUUCAGCGGGAGCCAUUCGGAGGGCUGGAACAUGCCCUUCGGGGAAUUUGGCUACCCACGUUGGGAGAAGGUCCGUCUCCAAAACAGCCAGUGCUACAACUGGACUCUGUUGCUGGGCAACCGGUGGAAAACGUUUUUUGAGACGGUUCACAUCUACCUACGUAGUCGGACUCGGCUACCUACCCUGCUGCGUAAUGAGACUGGCCAGGGUCCCGUGGACCUGUCCGAUCCCUCCAAGAGGCAGUUCUACAUCAAGAUCUCAGAUGUGCAGGUGUUUGGGUACAGCCUGCGGUUCAACGCCGACCUGCUGCGCAGCGCCGUGCAGCAGGUCAACCAGUCCUACACGCAGGGAGGCCAGUUCUAUUCCUCUUCGUCCGUGAUGCUCCUCUUGUUGGACAUUCGGGACCGAAUCAACCGCCUGGCCCCUCCCGUGGCCCCGGGGAAGCCCCAGCUGGAUUUGUUCUCCUGUAUGCUGAAACACCGCCUGAAACUGACCAGCAGCGAGAUGAUCAGGGUGAACCACGCCUUGGAUCUCUACAACACCGAGAUCCUCAAACAGUCGGACCAGAUGACAGCCAAACUCUGCUAACCGGGACUCCGGGCCGUGGACUUCCCUUUUGUUGUACAGAUACAUACAACAGAACGAAACAAAGUCAAACAAAACAGAAACACAAAAAAUUUGUAAGAUGUAAUUAAUAUUCAAAGAGAAGGAGGAAAAUCUUCAUUUGUUGGGAACUAAACCGUUCUAGCAACCGUAUAAAACGUUGGGCAUGUUUGUUAUUUCUAUACUCUGUCAUGAAGAUGGGUCUCAGCCUUUUUUGUGGAGCUUUGAGGGAGUUGCUGCUUAGGCCUCAGGUGCUGUAUUGAGGGGGGGAGAAAGGGGAGAGCAUAUGCAAUGAAUUGUAAAGAUCUCUGCUGUGCAGGUGCUAAGAUUAAACACUGAAAAGAAAGAUAUAUGUAAUGUACAACUGACACUGCCAUUUUUCCUUGUGGGAGGAAAUGGACAUAGAUAAAGAAGAUAUUUCUUCGGUUAAAAUUUC